AUGCAUUCACUGGAGGAGCCACUGGACCUGAAGCUGAGCAUCUCCAAGCUGCGAGCCGCUCGUGAGAAGCGGGGUGUCCCUGGACCCCGUCCCCGUGGUCCCCUGCGCCCAGACACCCCGCCGGUCGGGGUGCCAGCCUCACCAUCCCCUGGGCUCCUGGCACGCUCGAGGCUGGUGGAGCCACGGGACAGGCGCUUGGCUGCCAUGCCAGUGGUGGACCUCAGCCUCUCGCCCCGCUCUGGUGGGGAGUCUCCGUCUGGCAGUGUCUCACUGUCCCCUGAGCGCCAGGGCAGCGGGGACCUGCCCGGCCCCCUCACUCCCCACGAUUUCCAGUCCCUGCGCUACAUUGAUGGUCUCCCCAGCUCCUUCCAGUUCUUCCUGCCGCUGGGGGCCGGGGGGGGCCUGCACCUGCCCCCCACCGCCUUCCUGCCCCCCAGCAAGGAGAAACGCCUGCCCCCCGAGCUGCCCCUCCCCAAGCAGCUUGUCUGCCGCUGGUCCAAGUGCAACCAGUUCUUUGACCUCCUGCAAGACCUGGUGGACCAUGUCAACGACUUCCACGUCAAACCUGAGAAGGAUGUGGGAUACUGCUGUCACUGGGAGGGCUGUGCCCGCCACGGCAGAGGCUUCAAUGCUAGGUACAAGAUGCUGAUCCAUAUCCGGACGCACACCAACGAGAAGCCGCAUCGCUGCCCAACCUGCAACAAGAGCUUCUCCCGCCUGGAGAACCUAAAAAUCCACAACCGCUCACACACAGGUGAGAAGCCCUACAUCUGCCCCUAUGAAGGUUGCAACAAGCGUUACUCCAACUCCAGCGACCGCUUCAAGCACACCCGCACCCACUACGUGGAGAAGCCCUACUCCUGCAAGAUGCCAGGCUGCCACAAGCGCUACACUGACCCCAGCUCCCUCCGCAAGCACAUCAAAGCCCAUGGCCAUUUUGUCUCCCCAGAGCACCCAGAGAUGCUCAAGGUCCACCCAUCUCCCAAAGCACCCCUGGGCUCAGCCGAAGUGCCCUAUGUUAAUGGGGCACAGCUCGUGAUCCCCAACCCUGCCGCCCUCUUCGCUCCUCCGGGUUUGCCAGCGUUGCCCAUCCCUUUGGCACCGGCGCCGCUCGACCUCAGUGCUUUGGGCUGUGGGGCUACGGGUGCCCUGCCUGGCCCCAUCUUGCCCCUCAAUGGCAGCCCGUUGAACUUGGCCAAGAGCCCACUGCUGCCCUCGCCCUUCGCGGCGGGGCUGGGGCUGCCUGUCAUGUCGCUGCUGGCCGGCGGGGUCAAGGCCGAGGGGGAGAAGGGCAGCAGGGCUGAGGGGCGGCCACCCAAAGCAGGCAAGGGGUCAGAGAGUCGGGAGAGGGGUGAAAAGACAGAGCUGGGGCGCCCCCGGGCACCCCCUGAGAGCCUGGCACUGCUGCCAGGGGCUGUGCUUGACCUCUCUGCUGGCGUCAGCUCAGGGGGCAGCCCUGAUGCGCUGCCGCCGGGCUGGGUGCUCAUCCCCCCUGGCUCCCUGCUGCUCAAACCUGCCGCUGUCAAUUGA